AUGUUGAAGAUAUGGAGCAUGAAGCAGGAGCAGCAGAAGAAUGAGGCGGCAGCGGGCCAAAGCAAAAAGAAGAAAGUCACAGCCGCACAACUGCGCGUACAAAAAGGCGAGUUUUGUUUCCUCUCCCACUCCGCGUCGGAAAUCGCAAGAUACAAACUCCCGUCAUCCCAUCACAGGAAGAACCUCACAACUGACCCCUCAAUCCUCGCGAUUCAGAUCUCUCCGAGCUCUCCCUGGGGAGCACCAUGACCACCGACUUCCCCAACCCCGACGACAUCCUCAACUUCCGGCUGACCCUCACACCGGACGAAGGCCUGUAC